GCACCGCUCUCGUCGUCGAUACAGUCGACGUCGUCACAAACAAUUCCCACCUCCUGUUACUCUUUGACUCUCUUAGGCUUGAACUCGACAUCUCCGUUAGCCCUUCUAGGGCCUUAUACCACUAAUCAACAUGUCGAAGCGCAACGACCCAUUCGACGACAAUGAUCCAUUCGACGACAUCUUGGCGCCGCAGCCACGCCCAGCCGUCUCGUCACACCUCGACCAAGACCUCUUGGAUGGUCCAACAACGCAGGCAGCAGGACAUUCUCGUGGUGGGCAGACGGCAGCCAGCACAUCUCGUGAUGCCCGGCAUGGUUACGCCUUGGAUCCAUUCUUUGACGAUGAUGACGAUUUUGGGCCACCUACUCAGUCAUCAGGAGGGUACAUGGCUUCAACGUCUCGCGGAACGGGGAACGGGUUUGGGGCUUCCAACCCAUCUCUGUUCGACGCCGACAGGCCAUUUGCCAGCGAGGGCGUUGCACCAGCCGGCCACCAAGCGCCAAGGAAAGACGACUUGUUUGAUGACGAGGAGGGCCCUGCGGCCUAUUCCUUUUCGGCACCGACGUCUAGCCCUUAUGCAGGACGCUAUCGCCGCAGUCGGUGGGCAAGGUUCAAGGAGGACUAUCUCACCGAUGUCGACUGGACUUUUGGUCUCAACCAAAUGCUAGGCCGGAAAGACAAGUUCGAUGGAGUUCCCCGCGAGGUCAUGAUGAACGACCCCGAGGGGAACAGGGUCAAGGGAUAUGAGGGCAACUCGGUCAUGACGGGCAAGUACGGCCCCAUCACCUUCUUGCCCAAGUUCCUGUUCUCCGAGUUCUCGCGGUCCGCCAACCUGUUCUUCCUCUUUACCGCAUGUAUCCAACAGGUGCCUGGCGUAUCACCGACUGGACGCUGGACGACGAUUGUGCCCCUCGGCGUUGUCCUCAUCGCCUCGGGAUUCAAAGAGAUCAAGGAGGACCUCAAACGCCACGCAUCAGAUCGGUCCCUCAACAACAGCCGCGCUAUGGUCCUGGUUGGACAGCAGUUUGAGGCGCGAACAUGGCGAAGGAUCCGAGUGGGAGAUAUCCUUCGUUUGGAAUCGGACGACUUCAUCCCUGCCGACAUGGUGCUCCUUAGCAGCAGCGAACCAGAAGGUUUGGCAUAUGUGGAAACUGCCAAUCUGGACGGAGAGACAAAUCUCAAGAUUAAGCAGGCGAACCCCGCCACCGCUGGCCUCACCACCCCUCAAGCAGCAUCCAUGCUGCGUGGACACCUGCUCUCUGAGGCUCCGAACUCGUCGCUCUACACCUAUGAUGGAACGUUCCAUGUCUCUUCGGCACAGCCAGGCUCGGCUCCGACAAAGAUUCCUGUGGGGCCAAACCAGAUGCUACUCCGUGGAGCUCAGCUUCGCAACACUGGUUGGGUCUACGGUAUCGCUGUGAACGGUGGCCAUCAAACAAAGCUGAUGCGCAACGCAACGACGGCCCCGAUCAAACGUACCGCUGUUGAGAAGCAGGUCAACAAGCAGAUUCUCUUCUUGUUUAUCUUGCUAAUUAUCCUGUCUCUCGUGUCAACCAUUGGAAACGUCAUCCGGACUUGGUUCUUCUCGAAGCAAGAUUGGUAUCUUGCACUCGGUGAAGGAAUGCCCAACAAAGCGCGUCAAUUCGUCGAAAACAUCCUCACUUUCAUCAUCCUCUACAACAACUUGAUCCCAAUCUCCCUCAUCAUGACGAUGGAGGUUGUCAAGUUCCAGCAGGCAUCGUUCAUCAAUUCAGAUCUCGACAUGUACUACGCGCCAACGGAUACCCCCGCUCUGUGCCGGACUUCUUCUCUCGUCGAAGAGCUGGGCCAGAUUGCCUACAUCUUUUCGGACAAGACUGGAACCCUCACUUGCAACGAAAUGGAGUUCCGAGAGUGCUCGAUUUUCGGAACACCGUACGCCCAGGUCGUGGACGACAACAAGAGAGAGCAAGGCCAGAAGACGUUUGAAGUCUUGCGCCAGCGUGCUCUGGAGAACAACGAAGAGGGGGCGGUGAUCCGCGAAUUUCUGACGCUCCUCGCUAUUUGCCACACGGUCAUCCCGGAGGAGAAGAAUGGCAAGAUGGUCUACCAGGCCUCAAGCCCCGACGAGGCUGCUCUUGUGUCUGGUGCGGAACUGUUGGGCUACCGCUUUCACACUCGCAAGCCCAAGUCGGUCUUCAUUGAUGUCAACGAGCGCCAAGAGGAGUGGGAGAUUCUCAACAUUUGUGAAUUCAACUCGUCUCGCAAGAGGAUGUCGACCGUUGUGCGCGGCCCCGAUGGCCGUAUCAAGCUGUACACCAAGGGUGCCGACACUGUUAUCUACGAGCGGCUCGCCCCGAAACAGGAGUUUGCUGAACCUACCCUCGUCAACCUCGAAGACUACGCCACUGAAGGUCUCCGAACGCUCUGCCUCGCAUACCGUGACAUCCCCGAGGAGGAGUACCGCGAGUGGGCCGCCCUUUACGACAACGCUGCGGCCCAACUCACAGGGCGUGCCGAUGCUCUUGACAAGGUUGCCGAGAUUAUUGAGCAAAACCUGCAGUUGUUGGGUGCCACCGCCAUUGAGGACCGGCUCCAGGAUGGCGUUCCCGACACGAUUCACACGCUGCAGCAGGCGGGCAUCAAGGUUUGGAUCCUCACUGGCGAUCGCCAAGAAACCGCUAUCAACAUUGGACUGUCAUGUCGCCUGAUCUCAGAGUCGAUGAACUUGGUCAUCAUCAACACUGAGACGCAGGUGGAGACCAACGAGCUCCUGAACAAGCGCCUCUUCGCCAUUCGCAACCAGCGGUUGGGUGGAGAUGUUGAGGAGCUCGCCCUCAUCAUUGAUGGAAGGAGUUUGACCUACGCUCUGGAAAAGGAGUGCUCGGAUGUGUUCCUCGAGCUGGCUAUUAUGUGCAAGGCUGUCAUCUGCUGCCGUGUCUCGCCUCUCCAGAAGGCCCUCGUGGUCAAGCUUGUCAAGAAGAGCACCACUGCUCCUCUCCUGGCUAUUGGUGAUGGCGCCAACGACGUCAGCAUGAUUCAAGCUGCUCACGUUGGUGUCGGCAUUUCUGGUGUCGAAGGUUUGCAAGCCGCCCGGUCUGCCGACGUGGCGAUUUCGCAGUUCCGUUUCCUCAGGAAGCUCCUCCUUGUUCACGGCUCGUGGAGCUACCAGCGCUUGUCCAAGCUCAUCCUGUACUCGUUCUACAAGAACAUCACGUUCGCGCUGUGCUUGUUCUGGUACUCUUGGGUAAACGACUUCUCUGGUCAGAUCUCUUUCGAAGGCUGGACCAUGACCUUCUACAACGUCGUCUUCACCAUCCUUCCUCCUCUCGUCAUCGGCAUCUUCGACCAAUUCGUCAGCGCUCGCAUGUUGGACCGAUACCCCCAGCUUUACCAGCUUGGGCAGAACAACUACUUCUUCACCCCCAUCACCUUCUUCUACUGGGUUGGAAACGCCAUCUACCACAGCGUGCUGCUCUUUGCCUUCUCGUGCAUCGUCUUCUGGGCGGACCUCAUUGCCGCCGACGGCAAGAACAGUGGGCUUUGGGUGUGGGGAACCAUGCUGUACCUCGCUGUUCUUCUUACAGUCCUCGGCAAGGCUGCCCUCAUCUCGGACGUCUGGACAAAGUACACGAUCGCCGCGAUUCCCGGCUCCUUCAUCUUCACCAUGAUUGCACUUCCCCUUUACGCGUUCAUUGCGCCGUUGCUCAACUUCUCCCUCGAGUACAAGGGCAUUGUCCCUCGACUUUGGGCGGAUGCCGUGUUCUACUUUGUCCUUAUCCUCUUCCCCAUCCUCUGUCUUCUGCGCGACUACGUCUGGAAGUACUACCGCCGUACCUACCACCCUGCGCCCUACCACAUCGUGCAGGAGAUCCAGAAGUUCAACCUCUCCGACUACCGCCCCCGCCAGGAACAGUUCCAAAAGGCUAUCAAGAAGGUGCGAGCCACCCAACGAAUGCGUCGCCAGCGUGGCUUCGCUUUCAGUCAAACGGAAAACCAGACUCAGGACCAGACUCGUCUCAUUCGAGCAUACGACACGUCUGUCGCCCGACCCUCAGGUCUGUAAUAAUGCCAAUCGCACGCAUAGCAAGAUGCCGUGUACGCGACAACUAUAGAGAUCCAGAGUGUCCAUCACUCUUAUGCAUUCGCGGAUUCAGGCAUA